AUGCCCACACGACCCCUGUUAGUUAAGUAUGAGACGCCGGUACUGCUUUCCGAGGUGAAGCACAAGAAGGCUCUGAAAGAGAAGAAGCGUGUGGCUGUCGGGGCGCAAAGUGGUCCGCAGGCUGAAGAUGUUCUGUACAGCAUCAUCCCUCCGCGUGAGUUUGAGGAGAAUGGCCAACAAUGGGUACAAUAUGUCUCUAGUAUACCUGCCACGCGAAUGGACGUUAUCAACCUUCAGGAGCGUCUUGAUUCUCUGCUGCUAGAGCGCAAUGCUCGAGAAACUGGGAUUUGUCCGGUCCGUGAGGAGCUCUACUCGCAGGUUUUUGACGAGCUAAUUCGUCAGGUUACGGUGAACUGCGCUGAGCGUGGGCUCCUGCUGUUGCGUGUGCGCGAUGAACUUCGUAUGACACUUGAUGCGUACCGGUCAUUAUACGAAAGCAGUGCGGCAUACGGGAUGCGUAAGGCUCUUCAGGCUGAACAAAGCAAGAUUGAAAUGGAGUCUAAAAUCCAGGCACUGGAGCGCGAAAAGGAGGAGCUUAAACAACAAGUGGAGGAGUUAGAAUACCGCUGUGAAUCAAUCAUUCAACAAGAGAAGGAAAAGUUUGCUGAGGCAGAGAGAAAACACAACGAGGAGGUGGCGUUCUUCCGACGCACUUACCAAACUCUCACAACGAACUUGCAGACAUUAUGUAAUGCUACCAAAGCUUGA